UGGACCCAUGUGGACCUCGUUGCCACCAGACUGCGGAUAAAAAAUGCCUAUGGCAUUGAGGAAGCAGACGUUAGGAAUCCCUUACUAAUGCUUACAGUAUGCGAUACUGAAUCGCCCAUAACAGUGUUCGAUGACAGCUCAUAUAUGGUAGAUACGCAUAAAGCUGGAUUGGUGUCGAUGUACGAGAAUGAACUUACGAUCAUCUUUCGAUCCUACCGAUCAGGAGUGCUGUUCUUUUCGGUGGCUGAUCAAGGAGAUAUACUCAUUGCUCAAGUUGUUCAUGGAACUGUGCAUGUGAUGUUCGAUUUUGGUGAGUUUUGGGUAGUUUUUGGUCAGGCAAAAUAA